AUGGGGAUUACCCCUGACAUGAUUCGCCGCAGAGCGAUUGUGAUCCGCGGUGCAACGGGACACCUGUCCGACCGCUUGGAUCGAACACUUGAGCCGGUCAGCUUCGAGCUGAACCCAUGCACCCCUGACAUAGUCACUGUUAUGGCGCACGUGGUGAUUGCAUCCCACGAUCUGCUUGACACACUGAUUGGGAUGAGUGUCAUCGGACCGGCCAGCAUUAUUCCGAACCCCCGCAAGCAGCGGGUGAAGUAUUAUGUGGACCCGAACACAGACAGCGAGCGCAGCGCCUACCUUCGGUCGCCGCAGGACGCGAAGGUGGCAGCCAUCGUACGGAUGGUUCCGCCUCGGGACAUCUCGGAGCUGCGGGCCUUCUUAGGCACCUGCGGUUACUACCGGAGAUACGUCCUGAACUAUGCGCGCAUUGCCGCACCCCUGAACCGCCUGCUUCAGAACGGCGUUGUCUGGAACUGGGUUACUGACGAGCAGAAGGCUUUCGAGCUGCUCAAGCUCAAGCUGACUGAAGCGCCCGUCUUACGGCGCCCCGACUUCACCAGACCCUUUGAGCUGCACACCGACUGGAGUGCCACUGGGCUGGGCGCUGUUCUCGCACAGCGUGACAAGGAAGGGAAAGAGUACUUCACGCUGAUCACAGACCACGAGCCGUUGCAGUGGCUGAUGCCGAACACCAAGCUGACGGGCAUGCACGCCCGCUGGGCGAAUAUCCUGCAGGAGUACGAUCUGACGAUUGUGCACCGCAGUGAAGUCAAGAACCUGGAUGCAGAUGGGCUCUCGAGGAACCCGCUCCUAGAGGAUGAUGACUGGACAGAUGCCCGAAUGGACCACGUCGGUCUGGACUUACCUGCCGUCUCAGCCUGCCUCGCCAUUCUGGCUGGCACCCUGAGCGAGCCAGAGGACCCAGAGCUGACGCGUCUACUAAGCCCUGACGAAAUUCAAGCACCAGAGAGAAGCCUGGCAAACGCGCCAGAAGAAAGCCCUGCCGACGCGCAGGCAGAAAGCCCUGCACAGCCGCAGGCAGAAAGCUCUGCAGACGCGCAGGCACUUGCGAUCGUGGCGCCCUUGCGUGAGGCCGCCGAUGACGAUGUUGACUUGCCGGUCCGAUUUGACCGCGAGAUUUGGGCUGAGGACGCCCCCGUAAUGGCGUACCUGGAGGCUGGCGUGUACGCAAACGGCGUGACACCGAAGCAUAAGGAUCGCAUCUGGCACCGAGCCCAGAGCUAUCAGUUGAAGGACGGCGUCCUGAGAAAACGCCUCGUUGACGGCGAGACAAAGAUUGUCCCCCGUCCAGAGCUGCGCGCGAACCUGAUUCGCCGCGUGCACCAGGAUGUCGGCCACUACGGCGUCUGA